CUCUCGUGGGGGUCGUGACCCCCGCCGCGAUGGCCGUGAGGACCGCUACGGCGGUGGCAGGCGCGAGUAUGAUCGUGACCCACGUCGCAGGGAUGAUGAUAGGCGCCGAUAUGAUGAUGAUCGUGGCGGGGGAUACAGGGAAGAUCGCUUUGGAGGGGGUGGUGGGGGUGGGGGUGGUGGAAGAAGGAGAGAUGACGAUUUCGGUGGAAGGAGAGAUGCUCGUAAUAACAGGGAUGACAGGGGUCGCGGAAGGGAGAGAGCUGCCACGCCUGAGAAGCGCAGCCCUACCCCUCCUGGUGCUGUCCCACUGAGUCAGAGGAGGAGAAAGGCAUCCGGAUGGGAGGUCCAUGCUCCUGGCUACGAACCCUACACAGCCAUGCAAGCCAAAGCUACAGGUUAUUUCAAUCUUCCAGGAGCUAACAGGCAGCAUACCGUGGCGAUCAACAUUCCAGCUCCUACUGGUGCCCCAGCUCCUCAAGCCUUCGGCGCAGCGGCCAAUAUACCCAUCCCGGCAGCUUCGGCUGAAAAUCUGGAGAAACAGGCGCGCAGACUGUACAUUGGCGAUAUUACUCCUGACACUACAGAGGAGAACCUUACAGCGUUCCUCAAGAAAACUCUUCCUGAGCUUGGAAUCAAGGUCGAGGGAGAAGACGUAGGGUUCGAAGAGGUCAGAGUCAGCCACGAGAAGAAUUACGCAUAUAUCGAGUUCUCGAACCCUGACGAUGCGACGAAAACGAUGGAGCUCGACGGUACUGUUUUCCUAGGGCAGCCACUCAAAAUUCGCAGACCCCACGAUUAUCUCAGCGCUACAGAUCUCGCUGUUGUUUUCGGCGGUAUUGUUCCAGGCGUUGUAUCCACUAACGUCCCCGACUCCAUCAACAAGAUCUUCGUCGGCGGGCUGCCCACCUAUCUUAACGAAGCACAGGUCAUGGAAUUACUGCAGACUUUCGGUGAACUUCGUGCAUUCAACCUUGUCAAGGAUGGUUCUACAGGAGUUUCCAAGGGCUUCGCCUUCUUCGAAUACAUGGAUCCAGGCGUCACCGACGUUGCCUGCCAAGGUUUGAACGGAAUGGAGCUAGGUGAUCGCUAUCUCGUUGUGCAGCGCGCAUCCAUCGGAGCCAAUCCCACUAAGCCCAACAUGCCGAAUAUGCCAGGGACAUUGCCUCCACCUCGCCCUGCUAUUCUCCCAGUUGAUAACACCAAUCCCCCGAGCCCUAUUCUCCUCUUGCUGAACAUGGUCACAGCGGAGGAACUUCUUCAGGAUCAAGACUAUGAAGAUAUCCUCGAAGAUGUUCGUGAAGAGAUGGGUCGGUUUGGCCCAGUCAUCGAUAUCAAGAUCCCUCGGCCCCAGAGACGCGAGAACAGAUGGAUUCCUGGCAGCACAUCUGAACCUGUUAAGACAGAUAUCGAACUCGGUGUUGGAAGGGUCUAUGUCAAAUUCGCGGAUACCGAUUCUGCCAGUCAGGCCCUCAAUGCCGUCGCCGGACGACAGUUCAGCGGCAGGUCAAUCAUCGCCACGUAUCUACAGGAAGAUCCUUUCCUCGAAUCGGCAUGAGAGCUUCAACGUGGCUCUCCAAAAAAAAAACUCAGGUUUCUGUAGUCUACAUUUUCCUUCUGAUUUUGUUGAUAGGUCCAGGCCGUGCGUAGAUACAUGUCUGACAAUGAUACAGCUAGCAGCUAGCUUCGCAGAGGCGGGGUUUUUGGGAUCAUGCUGCUGAGGUGAGCUGAUUGACAUUUCAUCACUCCCCGACUGUCCGCGCUUCACCAACAGCUAGCAUCAAUGCAUAUCUCUACAAUGUCCAUGGCUUCUGUACUGACCCUACGAAUGCCUGCUUGCCGCGAGGUCCGCCGUCUAGUGCGCACACCAUUCAGGCAACCAGGUUCCAGC